UGUUUUGUUUUCACAAACGCUUCGUAACGGCAAAUCUUUAUUUUACCUAAGGCGAACGACGGACGAUAGGAGAAAGGGGGAUAUGGAGUUGGGGAGACAGAUUUAAACCAAAUACCGCUCUAGAAGACAACAUCAACAUACAUACAUAGAUUCUCUCCCUAAUUUUCUCUCCUCUCCCAUCAGAUCGGCCGCGUAUCCAUUUGAUUUUUGCCGGAUAUUGAACGAAUUUUCGUUUUGUAGUUCCGGAUUUUAUUGUUUCGAAUUUUUUGCUCCAGUUUUUUGUUGGAUUUAUAGAUAUAUUUAUAUUUGCAAACGAAUAGGGAUUGGGUAAUUGUUUCUGGGAAGCGUGAAUGCAAUGAUCUGAUUGUUCCUGGAGGAUUAUUGAGGUUUCAGCUAUGGGAAUCCAAUAAUUUUGUGAGAAUCUCGCUUUGAGAAGUUUUGAAUGGCGUCGGCACAGGUAUUGCGGAAGCAAGAGCAUUUGGAAGCAGGGAAAAAGAAGUUAGAGGAAUUCCGCAAAAAGAAAGCUGCAGAGAAAGCAAAAAAGUCUUCCACCUCUAAUUUACAGCGAGCUUCAGAUGUCUCUCAUUUCGAAACACAACCAUCAGAAACUGAGCGUGCAUUAAAUACCAAUUAUAACUCUGCAGGUACUUCAGAUGCACAUGUGGAGGAUCAUGUUGAAAGUAAAACUGUUCCGAAGCUUGCUGAUAAGGAAUAUGGCUUAUCCAUUGCAAGUGAAUUUAGGUCUCCUAAUGAUAAUGCUAGAACUUCAGUCUCUGCAAAUAAUCUUGACACUAAUUCAUCCGUGCAAGAGCAUCCACACUUGAAGAAUGAACACUACAAGGGAGAUGACGCUUCUGUGGGUUUGGAUAGAUUUGGAAGCACGAAAGAUGAUGCUGGAUCAUCAGCUCAAGUUUCUUCCAGGGUUGGAAAUGAUCACUUUUUGGAUCAUAAUGUAUCUUCUAGUGGGGAAAUCCAUCCUUCUGGUUACACUAGUUACCCUCUGUUAGAUACUCACCAGUCAAAUAACACUUAUGACCGCGAGAAGGAUCUUUCACACACUAGAGCUGGUGACGCUACUGCGUUCAGUAAAGCCAUUUCGGUCCAGAAUGCUGCCACUAAUUUCCUGCCAGAUAAGAUCAGUAGUAAUAGCUAUGCUAAUAAUCUAAUGUCCUCGAGUUACCCAGAUAUGGGGGACAAUAGAGCUUCUGGUGCAAGUGGUCAUACUCAGAACAUGAAUCAGUCAUUUCCAUUGCCAUGGGACCAUAGACAGGCAGAUUAUGAUUCAGAUGCCCAAAGCUCAUCAAAUUAUCCACCACCAUCGGUGCCUGCAGCUGGAAAGAGAUCCCGUCCAUCAUUUCUUGAUUCUAUUAACAUCCAGAAAGACCCAGUCUCUUCAUCCCCUCCCCUUUUUGCAGCUGCAAAAAGUGAUAUUUCACACACCAAGGUUUAUCCAGUGGAUGGCUUGGGUUCAUCAGUUUCUCAGAGAUCUGCUAACUCUUCUGUUGCUUCUGGUGACGGUGUUGACUCUUUUAAUCACACAAUCGAAAAUAAACAUGACUUCUUUUCACAGAAGCAGAAUGAAGACUUUGCUGCUUUGGAACAGCACAUUGAAGAUUUGACACAAGAGAAAUUUUCAUUGCAACGUGCUCUUGAAGCAUCACGUACUUUGGCAGAGUCUUUGGCUUCUGAAAAUUCGACUCUAACAGAAAGUUUUAAUCAACAGGGAGCUUUUGUCAACCAACUAAAAUCUGAGUUGGAACAGUUGGAGCAAGAAAUCAAUGCCCGCUUGGUGGAACUUGAAGCUGUAAAAAAUGAAUAUGCUAAUGCUCAGAUGGAAUGUAAUGCAGCUGAUGAACGAGCAAAGCUCUUGGCCUCUGAAGUUAUCGGACUGGAAGAGAAGGCAUUGCAUUUGAGGUCUAAUGAGCUAAAAUUGGAGAGGCAAUUGGAGAAUGCUCAAUCUGAAAUUUCUUCCUACAGGAAAAAGAUUUCAAGCCUUGAGAGAGAUCGUCAAGAUCUGCAAUCAACCAUUAAUGCCUUGCAAGAAGAGAAGAAGCUAUUGCAGUCCAAAUUGCGAAAAACUUCAUCUGGUGAAAAUUUCAUCAACUUCAAUAAGGUAUCAAAUGCCAAAAAAGAUAUAUCGACUUCCACAGAUGAUCUUGAUGUCGAUACCUCCACAGAAUCUGCCGAUCCAGAAUAUUUUGGUAAUCCUGUGCCUACAGAUGGAGCUUCAAGUUCUCUGAUUUUACAUGAAAGUAUGAAUGUCAACCUGGAUGCUCAAAAUAUGGAUGCUCAAAAUAUGGCCAUUCCUUCUGACCAAAUAAGAAUGAUUCAAAACAUUAACACGUUACUUGCUGAGUUGGCAUUGGAGAAGGAUCAGUUGGUGCAAGCGUUGUCUGAAGAGUCAUCCCAAAACUCCAAACUUUUGGAGCGCAACAAAGAAUUGACCCGGAAGCUUGAGGCUCAAACCCAGAGAUUGGAACUCUUGACAGCAAAAAGUUUGGCAAAUGAUAAUACUCAACCAAGACAACUGGAUUUUCAAACUAUGCAUGAAAACAACAUCACAUAUGCUGAUGAAGGCGAUGAGGUGGUGGAGAGGGUAUUGGGAUGGAUCAUGAAACUCUUCCCAGGAGGGUCGUCAUCAAGACGGCGGCCUAGCAAGCAUCUGUAGUUCUACAACAGGCAAGCAUCCUUUGUCACUAAGGUCUUUGUUUUUCUCUCAUCUCCAUUUUUGGUGCCACAUCGAAGCCAGAUUGUACACUAUGAGUGAGCUUAUGUUAGCUCUAUUCCUUCUUUCCCCGCAAGGGGGAAUUAAUAUCCACUCAUAUAUAUAUAUAUGCAUACAGAGAGUGUGUGUUCGAAUGAGAAUGUGUUGGUUGUUAUUAUUCAUUGCAAAUUUUGCAAUAGCAGCAGAGGAGACGGAAGGGGAAAUGAAGUGUAAUUAGAAAGACAAAUUGUGUUAAAAGUAGGCGAUUGAUUGAUUUUGUUUGUGUUAUUUUUGUACUAAAUGCAUACAUUCAUACAUACAUACAUACAUACAUACCUUAACUUGAGGGAGGAUGUGCAGUGGAGAAGAUGCCUUUUAAUUUCAGGAUAAGAUGAAACUUGUGUUCUAA